GUGGUCGCGUAUCAAUGUUCUAAAUUUCACCAGGUUAGGCCCAUCGGGCAAAGUGGUGUUUGUGAUAUGAUAAUUUUGAAGUAGUAGUCGUGUCAUGUCAACUUCGGCAAGCCGAAAUCGCACGAAGUUGCCGAAGGUGACGUCACGUUCCAGAAGCUGCGAACAAAUUUUCUGGCGAACGUGACGUCGCGAUCAGCUGAUCGGUUUGUUUACAUAUUUUUAUCGACAAAUACAGGCAAACAUAUACGUUCACCCGGACCUGUGAAUAAUUGACAUCGGUCGCGUAUACUAAUUUCGUUUUCUGGUCCGUGUCGUGCAAGCAAAAUCGCAAUUUCAACACAAUUUUCCCGUGAAAAUCAUCGGAAUUUUCUUGCUGGGUCGUGGUGGAAAACUGAGUCGUGGGCGGAAGAGUUUAGUUUCGUGCCUGGGAAGGGGAAAUGUGCGUUUGGAAAUCGACUCAGGGCUGCAGUAUCGAAAGGAUAGUUUGAGCAGGAGGAACGAGAGAGAGAGGGGAACAGGACAUCCCGGAGUUGCAUUGGAUUGAAUUAUCCCUGGGGGAAUCGAAGAGUGAAUCAAGUAGUCCAUCACAAUGGUUUUAGCGGAUCUCGGUCGGAAGAUUACGAAUGCGUUGCAUUCGCUCAGCAAGGCCACCAUCAUCAAUGAGGAGGUGCUGGAUUCUAUGCUGAAGGAGAUCUGUACGGCUCUGCUGGAGGCGGAUGUGAACAUUCGGCUGGUGAAGAAGCUGCGGGAGAAUGUCAAGUCGGUGAUCGAUUUCGACGAGAUGGCCGGAGGGUUGAACAAACGGCGGAUGAUCCAGUCGGCGGUGUUCAAGGAGCUGGUCAAGCUGGUCGAUCCAGGAGUGAAGCCCUUCCAGCCGGUCAAGGGACGGCCUAAUGUGAUUAUGUUCGUCGGUUUGCAGGGAUCCGGAAAGACCACGACCUGUACCAAGUUGGCCUAUCACUAUCAGAAGAAGAACUGGAAGUCGUGUCUGGUUUGUGCGGAUACGUUCCGUGCCGGUGCGUACGAUCAGAUCAAGCAGAACGCCACCAAGGCUCGAAUUCCGUUCUACGGAAGCUACACGGAGGUGGAUCCGGUGGUCAUCGCCCAGGAUGGCGUGGACAUGUUUAAGAAAGAGGGAUUCGAGUUUAUUAUUGUCGAUACCAGUGGACGGCACAAGCAGGAGGAAUCGCUGUUCGAGGAGAUGUUGGCGGUGGCCACGGCUGUGAAGCCGGAUAACAUUAUCUUCGUGAUGGAUGCCACUAUUGGACAGGCUUGCGAGGCGCAAGCCAAAGCUUUCAAGGAAAAGGUCGACAUCGGUUCGGUCAUUAUCACCAAGCUGGAUGGUCAUGCCAAGGGAGGCGGUGCUCUGUCAGCCGUGGCGGCAACGAAUUCCCCGAUCAUCUUCAUCGGAACGGGCGAACACAUUGACGACCUGGAGCCAUUCAAGACAAAGCCAUUUAUCAGCAAGCUGCUCGGAAUGGGCGACAUCGAAGGUCUGAUCGACAAGGUCAACGAGCUGAAUCUGGACGACAACGAAGAGUUGAUCGACAAGAUUAAGCAUGGUCAGUUCACCAUCCGAGACAUGUACGAGCAGUUCCAGAACAUCAUGAAGAUGGGACCGUUUUCGCAGAUUAUGGGCAUGAUCCCCGGUUUUUCCCAAGACUUCAUGACCAAGGGCGGCGAGCAGGAAUCGAUGGCCCGCAUCAAACGCCUCAUGACCAUGAUGGAUUCGAUGUCCGACGGCGAGCUGGACAACAAGGACGGUGCCAAGCUGUUCAGCAAGCAGCCGACGCGGGUGAUUCGGGUGGCGCAGGGAUCGGGCGUGACGGAACGGGAGGUCCGGGACCUCAUUUCGCAGUACACGAAGUUUGCCGCCGUCAUCAAGAAGAUGGGCGGCAUCAAGGGUCUGUUCAAGAGCGGAGAUAUGACCAAGAACGUCAACCCGACGCAGAUGGCCAAGCUGAACCAGCAGAUGGCGAAGAUGAUCGACCCGAGGAUGUUCCAGCAGAUGGGCGGCAUGAGCGGACUGCAGAACAUGAUGAGGCAGCUGCAGCAGGGCGCCGGCGGGCUGGGGAACCUGAUGGGCGGAUUCGGUAAGUCCUGAAGCUGCGGUAUUUGAUAAAUAAGAUCGUUUUCUUUCCAUCAGCUCCUUGAUUAGGUUUUGAGUUUAUUAUUCCGGAUCAUUGCGAUAGUUUAUGUUUGUUGUAAGAUGAUGAAUUCUUGAGUUUUUUUUAUGUACUUCUUAUGUUUUAGAAGAACGGUGAGUACGAAACGGACGUGUGUUUUCGUUGUAUUCUAGGGAAAUAAAAGUAUCUAGGUCUACCCACCACCUACAUCUAGAAA